AUGGAUGAUCUUAUUCUUACUAGUAAUGAUCUUGUUGAAAUCUAUACAAUCAAACACAAUCUUGACAUCUCCUUUAAAAUUAAGGACCUGAGUGUCCUUAAAUAUUUUCUUGGCCUUGAAAUUGCAAAAACCAAAUCUGCUCUUUCCAUUUCCCAAUGUAAAUACACCCUUGAUUUUCUCACUGAUGUUGGUCUCCUGGCUACCAAACCUAUUUCAACACCCAUGAGUAGACCUUCCAUCAUCCAAUCUGAUGAACCAGUUUCUGAUAAUACAUCAUAUCGUCGUCUCAUUGGCCGUCUAAUUUACCUCACCACUACUCGUUCAGAUAUCACCUAUGUUUUCCAACAACUUAGUCAACACAUGUCUUCUCCUUUAACUUCACAUCAUCAUGAAGCCAUACAUGUUCUACGCUACUUGAAGAAGAAUCCUGGGCAACGACUAUUUUUCUCAGCAAAAUCUUCUCUUCAACUUAAAGCUUUAAGUGACUCUGGCUGGGCCUCCUGCCCCUUAACUCGACGGUCAGUUAUCGGCUAUUGUAUAUUUCAUGGUGACAUGACUGAUAGAAGGUCUACAACAAGAUAUGUCUUUACCCUUGCAGGAGGAAUUAUUUGUUGGAAUUCAUUAGAUCAAUCCAUAGUGGCUAUGUCUAUAAUUGAAGUAGAGUACAAGGGAGUAGUUGAAGCUGCGAAAAGGCUUUAUGGCUUACAAGAUUAG